AUGGUUUACAUUACCUCUUGGGACGAGUUUGUUGAGCGAUCAGUGCAGUUGUUCCGUGCUGAUCCCGAUUCGACUCGGUAUGCUAUGAAGUACAGACACAGUGAAGGCAAGUUGGUUCUCAAGGUUACCGACAACAUACAGUGUCUCAAGUUCAAGACUGAUCAGGCACAGGAUGCUAAGAAAAUGGAGAAGCUGAACAACAUAUUCUUCACCCUGAUGGCUCGGGGCCCUGAUGCGGAUAUAUCGGAAGUUACAGGAAAAGAGCAGAUGGACGCACAGGCGACCAAGAGAGGAAGGGGUCGUAAGCAAUAG